UUGGAGCAGUAGCAACACCCACCCAUUCUUAAACCUUAAAACCCUACUAUGCGCCGUGAAGGAAACAAAGCAAUAACUCCGCCACUGUCAUCUCUAUACACUCGUCUUCCUCUUUCAUUCUACAGUCAAGCUUUUCUGGAAUCUCUCUCUUAGCACCACCAUAAUGGCUCACGCCUCUACUUCUGAGGGCGCAACCAAUUCCGUGAAAUCUGUUACCUUCAGUUUCAUAACCAACGAAGAGUUAAUCAAGACUAGUAGCAUCAAGAUAACCAAUCCCAUUCUCUGCAAUACCCUAGGUGAACCUGUUCCCGGUGGAUUAUAUGAUCCUGCUUUAGGUCCUUUAUUGGAUAAUUUAUCUAUUUGUGUAACAUGUGGUUUGUCUAAGGCUAAUUGCUCCGGCCAUUUUGGUCAUAUUGAGCUCGUUAACCCUAUCUACAACCCUAUGAUGUUCCCUUUUCUUGGAGAUAUUAUAAACUUAACGUGUUUCUCUUGCCAUCAUUUUAAGGCUAGUAGAAAUGAGGUGGAAAAGCGGGCCACCCAGUUGGAGCUCAUUCUGAAAGGGAAUAUUAGCAAGUCCAGAAGUUUGAAUGAAAUUAAACUAGAUGAUCAUGAACCCGUGGAUUCAGCUGAUGAUGAUGAUGAAGGCCAAUGUAGUAGUGCUGAGAAACCGGGAGGAAAUUGGUCCUCCCUUCAAUUUUCCGAGGCAAUGUCUGUUAUAAAGGAGUUUAUGAAGACCAAAUACAAGAAGUGUCUAAAUUGUGGAAACUACAGUCCUAAAAUUACUAAACCAAAUUUUGGAUGGUUUCACGUGAAAGCUCUCAAAGCUUCUCAAGUCAGAUCAAAUAUUAUUACAGGCAAUGACGCAUCCUUGGCAAGUGAAACAAUCAAUGAUGAUAUAUCUUUAGGAAAUAGAGAUUGUACAGAGGAAGAGGAUAUUGCCUCUGGUGGUACUGCAACUAGUAAUGCAGAAAAGCAUAAUAGAAAAAAGCUAAUAUUGUUUCAGCAAACUUCACUUGCUGGGUCUUUGCUACCCUCCCAGGUUAAGCAAAUUCUAGAGUUUUUGUGGGAAAAUGAAGCUCGGCUGUGCUCGCAUAUCAGUGACAUCCAAGAUCAAGGUUUUGGAAAGAAAGCUGGUCAUUCAAUGUUCUUUCUGGAAAACAUUUUCGUUCCACCAAUCAGAUUCCGUCCCCCAUUGAGAGCAGGUGAUAAAGUGGCGGAUCAUCCUCAAACUGUUUUGUUGAAUAAGGUUUUAGAGUCCAACAUAUCCUUGGGAGAUGCCCAUCGAAACAAGUCAGCUGCAUCAAUUGUUCUAGAUCGGUGGAGGGGUCUUCAGGAAUCUGUAAACCUUCUAUUUAACAACAAAACUGCUAAAAGCCAAAAAGAUGUGGCUGCUGGAAUAUGUCAGUUGCUGGAAAAGAAGGAGGGCAUCUUUCGCCAGAAAAUGAUGGGAAAAAGAGUUAAUUUUGCAUGCCGCUCUGUCAUUUCACCAGAUCCUUAUUUAGCAGUCAAUGAAAUUGGGAUUCCUCCAUAUUUUGCUCUAAGGUUAACAUAUCCUGAGAGAGUGACUCCUUGGAAUGUAGUUAAGUUGAGGGAUGCUGUCCUAAAUGGUUCUGAAACCCAUCCGGGUGCCACACUCUAUGCUGAUAAAUCAUCAACAAUUGUGCUUAAUAAAGAAAAGGGGGGAAAGAGGGACAGCCGUAUUCAUACAGCAAGGAGAUUACAAUCCACAAGGGGGGUUAUUAUGCAUCACGGGAAGAUACAUGACCAGGAAUUUGAAGGAAAAAUUGUGUAUCGUCACUUGAAGGAUGGUGAUGUAGUUCUUGUCAAUCGACAGCCAACACUUCACAAACCUAGCAUAAUGGCACAUGUGGUGCGUGUUCUGAAGGGGGAGAAAACUGUACGCAUGCAUUAUGCAAACUGCAGUACAUACAAUGCUGAUUUUGACGGUGAUGAGAUUAAUGUUCAUUUUCCACAAGAUGAAAUUUCACGUGCUGAAGCUUACAAUAUUGUAAAUGCCAACAACCAAUAUAUGAAGCCUACAAGUGGUGAACCACUCAGAGCCCUGAUUCAGGAUCAUAUUGUAAGUGCUGCUCUUCUCACAAAAAAAGAUACCUUUUUGAGCUGUGAACAGUUCAAUCAACUUCUCUACAGUUCUGGUGUAUCAAUGACUGGAACGGGCACUUUCACUUGCAAACCAGGACAGAAAAUUUCCAUGUCAAACUCUGAGAGUGAAAUGUUUCUGUUUCCUCCAGCAAUAUUCAAGCCAGAGCCAUUGUGGACAGGGAAACAGGUUAUCAGUGCUUUGCUACGCUAUAUCACUAAAGGUCGCCCACCAUUUACUGUUGAGAAGAAUGCAAAACUCCCAUCUAGUUUUUUUAAGACUCAAAUGAGGGAGGAAAAAAAACACACUACAGAUACAUCAAGAGAGAAGGAAGAGCAUGAGGAUAAAUUGUUGAUAUAUAGAAAUGAUUUGGUGCGCGGUGUAAUUGACAAGGCUCAAUUUGGUGACUAUGGAAUGGUGCAUACGGUGCAAGAGUUUUAUGGCUCAAAUACUGCUGGCAUUUUUCUUUCGGCAUUAAGUCGGUUAUUCACAAACUUUUUACAGAUGCAUGGGUUCACAUGUGGGGUUGAUGAUCUUCUGAUAACAGAAGGAAAGGAUAGUGAAAGAAUAGCUGAACUUGAAAGCUGCGAGAUAAUUGGUGACAAAGUUCACCGUGAAUUCAUUGGUGUCAUGAAGGACGCUAAUAUAGAUCCAAUCACGAUGCAGUUGAAUGUUGAGAAAAAAAUACGCAGUGAUGGAGAAGCAGCCGCAGCACACUUAGAUAUGCAGAUGAUAAGUCAUCUUAACGAUGUAACUGGCAAAAAAGCCGUAUUGAAGAACUUACUAUCUGAAGGAAUAUUAAAACCCUCAGGAAAAAAUUGCAUUUCUCUGAUGACUACAUCUGGAGCUAAGGGUGGUAUGAUCAACUUCCAGCAGAUAUCUUCUUAUCUUGGCCAACAAACGCUUGAAGGAAAACGAGUCCCAAAUAUGGUUUCUGGAAAGUCCUUACCUUGCUUUCCAUCAUGGGAUUGUUCCCCAAGAGCAGGAGGGUUCAUUACUGAUCGGUUUCUUACAGCUCUUCGUCCACAGGAAUAUUACUUUCAUUGUAUGGCUGGUCGGGAAGGGCUUGUUGACACUGCAGUCAAAACAUCUAGGAGUGGUUACCUGCAAAGAUGUCUAAUAAAAAACCUUGAGUCUCUUAAAGUUUGUUAUGAUCAUACUGUCCGUGAUGCUGAUGGUUCAAUUAUUCAGUUUCAUUAUGGAGAAGAUGGUGUGGAUGUCCAUCAAACUAGCUUUGUCACCAAGUUUGAAGCAUUGUCAAUUAAUGAAGAAUUGGUUUACAGCAACUGUUGCCGUCAGCUAGAUAGAUCUAGUCCUUAUAUUAACAAGUUGCCUGAUGCUCUUAAAGGAGGAGCAGAAAACUUCAUUCGCGAUUUCUCUUCAAAACAGAGAAAUUCCAGUUCAAUGAAACAUGCGGAUUUCCUGCAGUUAAUGGAGCACAAGUACGUCUCAAGUCUUGCUCAACCAGGUGAACCAGUAGGUGUUUUAGCUUCUCAGUCUGUUGGAGAACCGGCAACACAGAUGACUUUGAAUACUUUCCACUUAGCUGGUCGAGGUGAAAUGAAUGUGACUCUCGGAAUUCCACGUUUGCAAGAGAUUGUGGUGGCAGCAUCCAACAAAAUCAAGACUCCCUUUAUGACAUGCCCCCUGAGGGUUGGUAAAUCUAAGGAAGAUGCUGAACGCCUUGCAGAUAAAAUGAAAAAGAUCACUGUAGCUGACAUAAUUGAGAGAAUAAAAGUGACUGUUGUAUCAAUUACUGAAAGAGACGGUCAGAUUUGCCAUAUAUAUAAGCUUACGAUGAAGCUUUAUAAACCUAUACACUAUCCAAAAUACACUGAUGUUACACUUGAAGACUGGGAGGACACUCUUAGAGUUGGCUUUGUGAGGGGGUUGGAGGAUGCGAUUCAAAAUCACAUUGUAUUGCUGGGUAAAAUUAGUGGCAUAAAAGAUUAUAAAGACAAACCGAAUUCUUCAAAUGGUGUAAAAAAUGAUCAUAGCAAUGAAUCAGAAUCUAACAGAAAUGAUCAAGCUAAUGAUGACGAUGAUGGCGAUGUUGAUGACAAUGAGGAUGCUGAAGAUCUUGGUUUUGAUGCUCAAAAGAGUAAACAACAAGCUAUGGAUGAGGUCGAAUACGAAGAUGGCUCUGAAGAGGAGACGCAUGAUGGUGAAGAUGAUGCGGAUCGAAAAGGUGGCAAGGAUGGGAACUUUGAGGGUGUUGAGCAUGGCAAAGAUGAGGAAGAUGGUAAAGGUGAUGGGGAUGAGGAUGACAGUGAUAUUGAAGUAAAUGGGGAUGACAGUGAUAUUGAUGUAAGUGAUAAUGAUAAAAAUGUGGCAAUUGAUGCAAAUAACUCUCAAGGACGUGAAGAAACGUCGAAAUCUGAAAAGAGAAAAUCUGAAGCUGAAUUUAAAGAAAAUGACAGGAGAAUUUAUGUGAAAGCUCGGGGGAUGCGUUUUGAGAUCCACUUUAAAUUUCCUGAUGCUGAACCUCACAUAUUAUUGGCUCAGAUUGCUCAGAGAACAGCCAAGAAUGUUUGUAUCCAGAACUUUGGAAAGGUUGGCCAAUGUAAAGUUAUUACAUGUAAAGAAGCUGCUGUAAUGUACUAUGGUGAAGAUGUUGGUAAAAGGGAUGAUAUUCCGUCACUUGAGAAAGCAAAAAUAAAUGCCCUUCAAACGUCUGGUAUACAUUUUAAAACAUUUUGGGAGAUGCAGGAUGAUCUUAAUGUUAGGUAUAUUUAUUCAAACAGCGUGCAUGAUGUACUAAACACCUACGGGGUGGAAGCUGCCAAAGAAAUCAUCAUCAGGGAAGUGAAAAGUGUUUUCAAGGUUUAUGGGAUAACAGUAAACAUCCGACACUUGAUGCUUAUUGCUGACUUUAUGACACACACAGGUGGGUAUCGCCCUCUGACCAGAAAGGGGAUACAAGAUUCUACAUCCCCUUUCGUCAAAAUGUCUUUUGAGACAGCAUCCAACUUCAUUGUUGAAGCAGCUUAUCACGGUCAGGUGGACACCUUGGAGACUCCUUCUUCUAGAAUUUGUCUUGGUUUGCCGGUGAAGAUGGGAACUGGGUGCCAUGAUUUGAUACAGAAGCUAGAAAUAUGAUGUAGCAGAAAUGAUCUCCAGCUCUAGAUCUUUGACCAUCAACAAAUUUUGACAACAUAUUGUACAACUGUUAUUCACAAAAAUUAUGAUUAUUUUAUCUCGUGAAAAGUAAAUUGCUUGCUGAUAAAAUAUUAUGGUUUCUUAUAUAAUACAAUGUUUAUUUUUAGGGGGAAAAA